CCUUGUGGCAGGCGAUGGGGACCCAGGGUCCCAGGCAGCGCCGGUCCCCCGGCACUUGACAUGGGCCCCUGCGGUCCCUUCAACCUGAGCCUGGUCGGUGAAGCGACCACAUGCGUGGCGCCCGGAGCUCCAAACGCCUCGGCCCCGCCGCCAUCUGGCCGUCCCGGCGGGUCGCCGGCGCUGCCCAUCUUCUCCAUGACGCUGGGCGCCUUGUCCAACAUGCUGGCGCUGGCGCUGCUGGCGCAGGCUGCGGGUCGCCUGCGACGUCGCCGCUCAGCCGCCAUCUUUCUACUCUUCGUUGCCAGCUUGCUGGCCACCGACCUGGCGGGCCACGUGAUCCCGGGCGCGCUAGUGCUGCGCCUGUACACGGCGGGGCGCGCGCCAGCCGGCGGCGCCUGCCACUUCCUGGGCGGCUGCAUGGUCUUCUUCGGCCUGUGCCCGCUGCUGCUAGGCUGUGGCAUGGCCGUGGAGCGCUGCGUGGGCGUCACGCGGCCGCUGCUGCACGCGGCGCGCGUCUCCACGGCCCGCGCGCGCCUGGUGCUGGCCGCCCUGGCCUCCGUGGCCCUGGCCGUGGCGCUGCUGCCGCUAGCGCGCGUCGGCCGCUACGAGUUGCAGUAUCCGGCCCACGACGUGGAGAUGGUGGGCCAGCUUGUGGGCAUCAUGAUGGUGUCGUGCAUCUGCUGGAGCCCACUGCUGGUGUUGGUGGUGCUGGCUGUCGGGGGCUGGGGCUCCAGCUCUUUGCAACGGCCCCUGUUUCUGGCCGUGCGCCUCGCCUCCUGGAACCAGAUCCUGGACCCCUGGGUGUACAUCCUGCUGCGCCAGGCCGUGCUGCGCCAGCUACUUCGCCUUCUGCCUCCCAGGGCCGGCACUAAGGGUGGCCACGUGGGGUUGGGCCUGACCCCUAGCGCCUGGGAGAUCAGCUCGCUGCGCAGCUCCCGGCACAGUGGCCUUGGCCACUUCUAGGAGUGUCCAGAGGCCCUGCGGUGGAGGCCACACCACCCCUGACCUGGCACACGGCAUGGAGCCCUCCGGGAACAAAGCCACUUUGUGGGCAAGCCCAGCACCU